GAGGCGCUCGGGCAGUGCGGCGCUGGCUGCCGAUGCCUCCUUCUUUGCUCGCUUCCACCCUCCGGAGCCACCUGUAGAGCCCAGGCAGCCGUUGGUCUCUCUCCCCCCCCCCUCCAGGUCCGCUUCGCCCCCUGCCCCUGCCCCUGCGGGCGCCCCCGCACCCCCCGCUCCCCAUCCUCGCUCCACGGCGAUCUGCUCCCCCUCUUCCCCGCCCCCGCUGCCUGGGGCGCAGCGCUCCGGACAUGUAGCUGCCUCGGCUGCGGCCGCCCUGGGACACCCGGCCCCCCGUACCCCCAGCGCAAAGGGAGACCAUGGCUCGGAACAUUUCCCUGAAUUUCCGCGUGGUGGAGGGACGAGACCUGCCGGCCAAAGACGUGUCGGGCAACAGUGACCCUUACUGCAUUGUCAAGGUGGACCACGAGGUGGUAGCCAGGACAGCAACUGUGUGGAGAAACCUGAAUCCUUUCUGGGGAGAAGAGUACACCCUGCAUCUGCCGCUGGACUUCCAUCAUUUGGCCUUCUAUGUUCUAGAUGAAGACACCAUCGGACACGAUGACAUCAUUGGCAAGAUCUCACUGAGCAAAGAGACCAUUGCAGCUGCAAGCCCCCGAGGGAUCGAUAGCUGGCUCAAUCUGAGCCACGUGGACCCCGAUGAGGAGGUGCAAGGGGAGAUCCACCUGGAUGUGAAGCUCCUGGCAGAGGCCCAGGGACCUCGGCUCCGCUGCCACAUCAUCGAGGCUCGAGACUUGGCUCCCAGAGACCUCUCCGGCACUUCGGACCCCUUUGCCCGCAUAUUCUGGGGCAGCCAGAGCCUCGAGACGGUGACCAUCAAGAAGACACGAUUCCCCCAUUGGGAUGAGGUGCUAGAGCUUCACGGCGAGGAGGGCCCACUCCGAGUGGAGGUGUGGGACUGGGACAUGGUGGGCAAGAAUGAUUUCCUGGGAAUGGUGGAGUUUCCUCCUGAUGUCCUGCUCCAGUGUCCCCCCAGUGGCUGGUUCCGUCUGCUACCCUUUGCCAGUGCCGAAGAGGAUGCUGGGGGGAAACUGGGGGCCCUGCGGCUCAAGGUGCGCCUGGCUGAGGAGCGCAUCUUGCCUUCUGUGUAUUACCAACCCCUUAUUGAGUUGUUGGUGGAGUCUGUUCUGUCCCCGGCCCAGGAUGACACCGUGACCCCUUUGGCCAUGCUGGAUGAAGUGAGCUCUGGGGAGAGUCGGCAGGAUAUCGCAACCCAACUGGUGAAAAUAUUCCUGGGUCGAGGUCUGGCCGUGCCCCUCCUGGACUACCUCAAUCUUCAGGAAGUAUCCCGGACCACGGAUCCCAAUACCCUGUUUCGCUCCAACUCUCUGGCCUCCAAGUCCAUGGAGCAGUUCAUGAAGUUGGUGGGCACACCUUAUCUCCACGAGGUCCUCAAGCCUUGUGUCAAUCGCAUCUUUGAGGAGAAGAAAUACAUUGAGCUGGAUCCAAGUAAGAUAGAGCUGACCCGGACCAGGAGAAUCUCCUUCAAGGGCACCCUGUCUGAGGAGCACGUGAGGGAAAACAGCCUGGGGUUGCUGACGGGAUACCUGGGAGAGAUCCUGGAGGCCAUCACAGCCUCCGUGGACAAGUGUCCUCCGGCCAUGAGGGUGGCUUUCAGACAGCUGCACCAGAGAGUGGAGGAGCGAUUCCCGGAGACCGAGCACGAGGAUGUGAAGUAUGUGGCCAUCAGCGGCUUCCUCUUCCUUCGAUUUUUUGCUCCCGCCAUCCUCACCCCCAAGCUCUUCGAUCUCCGGGACCAUCACGCCGAUCCCCAGACCAGCCGCUCCCUGCUGCUACUUGCCAAGGCUGUACAGAGCAUUGGCAAUCUGGGCCAGCAGCUGGGCCGGGGAAAGGAGCAAUGGAUGGUCCCCCUGCAUCCCUUCCUUCUACAGAGCAUCGCCCGGGUAAAAGAAUUCUUGGACAAGCUGGUGGACAUCGAUGCUGAGGGUGCCCUCGAGGCCCAACCACGGCUCCUGUUCCCCCCAUCGGCAAUCAUCAAAGAAGGCUACCUGCAUCUUCGGAAAGCUGAGGCUGGGGCCCUUGUCCCCCGCUUUGCCUUCAAGAAGAGAUACUUUUGCCUUAGCAGUGAGACCUUCUCCUAUUCCAAGGCUCCUGAGUGGCAGGUGCGGACCUCCAUCCCGGUGUGUAGGAUCUGCGCCGUGGAAAGGGUGGAUGAAAAUGCCUUCCAGCAGCCGCAUAUGAUGCAGGUCAUCACCAAGAACAGGGACGGGCAGCUGGACACCCUAUACAUUCACUGCAAGAAUGUGAAUGAGCUGAACCAGUGGUUGUCGGCCAUCCGCAAAGCCAGUGUUUGCAACGAGGGUAUGCUGCCCUCGUGCCAUCCGGGGACCUUCCGAGGCAACCGCUGGACCUGCUGCCUCCAGCAGGAUCGCACAGUCCAGGGCUGUAGCCGCACUCACUCAGCCGUGACCCUCGGAGACUGGAGUGACCCGCUGGACCCCGACGCAGAGGCCCAGAUGGUGUAUCGGCAAUUGCUUCUGGGGAGGGACAAGCUCAGGAAGAAAUAUGUAGAGUUUUCUGAGGAGAUCAAGCUGGAACAGGAGGCGACGCAGGUCCAGAGUGGCCAGGAAGGAGAGAUAUCUGUUGUUCCCGAGCAGCAAAGCCCCCCCACAGCCUCAGCUGCUGUCCGUCUACUGGCUGUGAUUGAGGACCUGGAGCAGGCCCACAAGACCUUUGAGCAGGAAGAGAAGGAGCAAGUAGCUAGAGUCUCCCUUCAUUCCUAAGAUCUCCAGCCUUCAGUCCGGCACACUGUCCUCUCCCUGUAGUCCUGGACAUUUUUUUUUAUCAAGGAAGGAAGAGCUGAUGUCCAGUGAAUAGUGAAUAGUAAAGGGCAGGAGCCCAGAAGACAGCUGGCCAGGCCUUGUCUCUCUUCAGGGCUGCUUCCUGUCUCUCUGGCCCCUCCCCUUUACUUACUCCUUGGUUGCCCAGAGACGCUGAACCUGGAGACUCACUUGCCUGAAAUGACCACUCCACCUCUCUACUUGCCAUCGAGGCUGAGUACUGGGAUCACUGACUGAGGAGGCUGGACUAUUUCUCAAACAGCCCACACUGGCUCAAAUCCUCAGAGUGCCCUCUGGGGUCCCUUCCAGUGUAUGGUGCUGACAUUGACAGCCAUGCUAUGAGCCCAGGAUCCUGUGUCUCAGCUCGUACGUAUCAUCCUAGAAUGGAGGACAAAGCCAUGUUCCAUCCAGAGGAGACAAGACUGAGCUCUCUCUGGGGCUCAUAGAUGAAGGAACCCCAGGAGUCAUCCAGUUUACCCCUCAUUUUACAGAUGAGGCAACAGAGCCUAGGAGUGACUUGACCAUGGGCAGGAAGAGUUAGGGUCAAGCUUUUAAAUGCAGGCCUGGACUCCAGAACCAAGAACAGACUUCUGGGAACUAGACAUGUCACUCCAAGAAGUGGAUGAAGGAGGAUUUGGAUGCUGAUGGAUUGGUGUUUUCAGGAGAGGAGAUGGAAUUGCUUGGAAUCAUUUCCACUCUCCCUUGAGAAUGAUGGCCUGCACUGGCAGGGAAUGGCAGUAGGGGAACAAAACAUUUUUCUAACCACUCCAGAUGGGAGCAAACCUCAGUUUCCUUAGCAAACCAGUCAUCCUCUAAGUUGGUUGAACCAGUCUGAUCCCUAUAAGUUAUGGUGGCCUAUGGUCAUGAGAUGUGAAUUCUUUUUCAGUCAUUUUUAACUCUUUAGCUCACUUACAGUAGCUGCUCAUUGCAGACCCUUUGCCCCCAUUCAGAGGCACUCACCAACCCCCUUUUUGUUUAUUUUUUAACCCUUGCUCUUCAAUCGCCACCUGAUCAUUGAAUCCCAGAUGGAAAAGAAAUCUCCAGAGGCCAUUUCUGUCUCUGUCUCUCUAGAUCAGUGGUCCUCAAAGUGUAGUUCAAAGAAUUGUUGGGGUCUCUAAAACCCUUUCAGAGGGUCUACAAAUUCAAAAUUAUUUUUUAUUUCUAAUGUAGUAAAUAGCUAUAAAUAUAACCCAUGUGAACAAAAACUCUUUGAACUGAUCCUCGAUAGUUUUUUAACAACAUGAAGAUACUGAGAACAAAAGUUUGAGAACCACUGCUCUAGAUGAUUCUAAUCCUCCACAACAUCCCAGACAACAUGACAUCAAACUUUCUCUCGGAGACCUUCAGCGAUGGGGAACUUACUACCUCCUGAGGCAAUCCCUUCCAUCCUGGACUGAUAUCAUCAUUAGCAAGCCUUUCCUGACAUUGAGUCGAAAAAUGUCACUGUGUAGCUGCUGGCAUUCUGCUCCAAGUUAGCCCCUCUGGGGUCUGGCAGGACCCACCUAAUCCUCUUUCUUUUGUCUCCUCUCUGGGCUAAACAUUCCCAGUUCUUUCGAUCGGUC